AUGAAUAAUGUGACAGAAUUCAUCCUCCUGGGCCUGACCCAGAAUAGGAAACUACAAAAGGUUUCAUUUGUUGUGAUUUUAAUUCUCUAUUUGUUCACGGUGGCAGGGAACCUGCUUAUCAUAAUAACAAUUAGAACCAAUAGGGCUUUAGGAUCUCCCAUGUACUUCUUCCUGUCUUACUUGUCUCUUAUAGAUGGCUGCUUUUCUUCAUCCAUGACCCCCAAAAUGCUAGCUAACAUUCUUGCUGUGAGAAAAACCAUCUCUUUCAGGGGUUGUAUGACUCAGGUCUUUGCCGAACACCUUUUUGGUGCUACUGAGAUCAUCUUACUGACUGUCAUGGCCUAUGACCGCUAUGUGGCCAUCUGUAAACCCCUGCACUACACGACCAUCAUGAACCACAGGCUGUGCAUUCUCCUGGUGGGAGUGGCCUGGACUGGAGGAGUUCUCCAUGCAACCAUUCAGAUCCUCUUUACAGUCUGGCUGCCCUUCUGUGGUCCCAAUGUCAUAGACCACUUCAUGUGUGACUUGAACCCUUUGUUGAAACUUGCUUGCAUGGACACUCAAACCAUUGGUCUCUUUGUUGCUGCCAACAGUGGAUUCAUAUGUUUGUUAAACUUCCUCAUCUUGAUGGUCUCCUAUGUGGUCAUUCUGCGCUCCUUACGGGCCCACAGCUUGGAGGGGAGGCGUAAAGCCCUCUCUACCUGUGUAGCUCAUAUCACAGUGGUUGUCUUAUUCUUUGUCCCCUGCAUAUUUGUGUAUCUGCGUCCAGUGACUACCUUCUCCAUUGAUAAAGCUGUAGCUGUCUUUUAUGUUGUGAUCACUCCCCUGCUAAACCCAUUAAUCUACACCCUCAGAAAUGCAGAAGUGAAAAAUGCUAUGAAGAAGCUCUGGUGUCAGAAAGUGACUUCAACUGAGAAAUAA